AGUACUAUCUCUUUCGUUAUUUCACAACGCAAAUGUAUUUGUGUGAUUGGAUAACGAAAAUUGCUGAGUUAUGUCGCAGUCGCUCAUUUUAUCAAAUAGACUAUUCUCAAUUGCUCUUUUGCGUCAUAUAAUCGAUGUGCUCUUUUCGAUUUCUGAAUUGACGCAAAAUUUACCGUUUUCGUUGUCAUUUUUAAAUGAAACCUGAAUAUGAAAUCGAGCCUUUUAUUUUGCAAUUGUAUUUGAUUAGUGGAGACCGACCAUAAUGUCAAUCAACGACCUAAUGCCCGUCGAAUUGCUAACAGAAAUUUUUAAACAUCUUGGGCUCAAAGAUCUUGGUAACUGCAGAUUAGUCUGUCGACGAUUCAUGCUGAUUUGUGACCAAAUACCGAUUCCGGAGGUAAUAAUUCGGAACGUCUCAGCAGGAUAUGCCACACACAAAGACUUUUGGUACCAUACCAAUGAACAAUUUACGCAUAAGAAUCUCAUCAAUGUCGAAUACGCAAAUACGACUGGACGCCAGUGGACAUUCAGAUUGACAAAGGUCAAACGGCUUUAUUACCAUGGCAUAUUCCUGAACCCUUUCUUUUGGAAUGCAUUGAACGAUCUACUUCAACUUGUACAGUUGCGAUUGGAAUUUCCACUUUUCGGCUUUUUAAAAUGUGGGCAUACAACAUUAGCAGCACUGAACCUACCAAAUCUGGAACGACUGGAGAUUGGCAAAGGUAUGAGAUCCAAAUGUGAGCUUCACUUGAAUACGCCAAAGCUUUCCAUCUUGAAGUGCUUCGAGUUUGAAGCGAUUCAUCUGGCUGACCCAACCACCAUUCAACAUCUUGAACUGGUUCGAUACACCGAAACUGCCGACCAACUGGUGAAUCUUGAAUAUUUGAAGGUUAAUUGGAAGACUAUUCGACACCGUAAAGUUUGGUCAGUAUUUGGCGAACUGCGGACGCUGGUUUGCAAUUCGUUUGAUAAUGAUCCGGAUGAUUUUGAUGCAUCCAUGCAAGCUGUAUGGGAUCUGUUCCAUCAAAAGAAACCCCACCAGAAAAUCUACUUUCAAUCGGUCGAAUUGGUCUAUCGGAGCACGAUCAACGAAUACGGAGCGUCGAGAAACAUUUUAGCUUUUCAGAUCAGCAAUUACGGCUCGUUGUGCGCCAACAUUUCGCAUCACGGUCCACUCGAUUACAAUGAACUGAUGCAACUGACGAAUGGCAAUCUCCCUGUCGACUUUUUCCAGAAAUACUUUAACGUUCGAUCCGUCAAAGUUGUGGGUGAGGUAAACAAACCGGAACAUCUGUUGUGGUUUCUCAAACGUUUCGAGUAUUUAAAUUGCAUCGAGAUCGAUUCAUCUUCCGUAAGUCAACAGUUCUACAAUCAGCUGCAGGAAAUUGAUCAACUGACGCGAGUAAUUGUGAACAGUAAUUCGUCCAUCACCAACCAUGACGUCCUCUUCAAAUGUCGACUUUUAAAAGAAUUUUCAACUGACCAAAGUGAUGCAAAUUUUUUGGAUUUGGCUCUUGCGCUGUUUAGUGGACACGAACUUUUUGCUCAAAUUGGUUUCAAUGUGCGAGACGAACGCUUUUCGGUAUUCAAGCUUCCUGGAAAGGUGUACAAAAUUUUACGACUCAAAGACGGUGUAGAGAAGGGACUUUAUCUAAGUUUACAUUCUUUACAACAACAAUUUGUACAAAUUAUUACUUAUUAUAAAUCGACUGGUGAACUUGACCUCACUGACUGACGAAAUGACUCACAUCGACAAGUAUAAUUAAUGUUGUUUUUCAUUUUCUUUUUUUAAGUUUUCUUAUGUCAUGAACUGAAAUGAACUAAUUAUAUUCUGAAUUAUACAUUUUUUGUAAUAUUUUUUUAUAAAAAAUUUAAUUAUAAAAUCUCAACAUGCCAAA